CUCUAUAUCAUCAAAAGAAUGUUAAAAGCAACUUAGUCGUGAGUGCCAAAACCAGUUUAGAAAUAAGAAUAAAAAAAACUACUAAUACUUCUGAAGAACUUCAAAAUUUACUUAAUACUGAAGUUCCUAUAGUUGUAGUUGAAACUGGUAAAACUCCUAUUAUAGAUUCUAAUUCUGGUUCUGAUUCUGAUAACCUUUCACCUUUACCUAAUACUGAAGUUCUUACAAUUACUAAUCUUGAGUUUAUUAAUACUCUAAGUAAUCAGGCUUCUCGCCAUAAAAAUAGUAGGUAUGCUGCUCCAAGAUUUCUUCUUUGUUGUACUAAUAGCAAAGUGCAAUUACUACCUUUACUUGAACCUCCACCCUAUCUACUAAAUCUUUAUACUUCAACUAAUUCUGAUGCAGUUGAGUUUCACAAACAUGCUAGAGAUUAUAACAUUUAUCAUUUAAUUGGAUCAUUAUUACCAAAUAAAGGUCAAACAUCAGCAUUUGCUCAAAUAUAUAUUUAUGAUACUGCAAAUGAAAUUACAAAUUGUUAUAAUAUAAUGCAAGAAUUAAAUGAAAAUAUUUUACAGAGUUUACAGAAUAUUAAUAGAAAUCAAGAUAUUCGUUGUUAUAAUACUCCAUCAGCUUCUAAUGUAGCUGCAAUAAUGGUAGGUGAUGGUCAUAAGGUAAAUCCAACAAAUCGAGAUAUUCUUCUUAGAAUGUGUGAUAGAAAUUUGCAAAAAAUAGCAGAGGUUUAUCCUUCAUAUAAUCCAUUUCACUAUGUAUUAUUAUUCCCUAAAGGUGAUGAUAG